GCUUUGGUUACCAUUUUGGCUCUGUACUGAAUAAAAGGUUCCAUUCGUAGGUCGUAUGGGGAUCCAAAAUGAACGGCCAUGCAAAUACGGUUUCACCAACAAGGCGCUAGUUGCUAGGAUGCGAUGGACAUUGUUACUGUUGCGACCCCUAUCUGACGCAUUUGCCUUGCAUGCAUGCUCCCUUGAAUGGAUAACCUACUUCUGACCGUAGAAGGUGGAAUGCUGUCAUUUUCAUCAACGAAAAGUAGGCUAUUAGGCUAAUAUAUGGCAACCACUGGCAGUAUACAAUACGUGAAAAGACCUUUGCGUCUCGUUUGAUCUGCUUAACCAUGGCGUCCGAAUGCACCCAAGAGGCUGUUUUGCGGUACCUAAUUGAAAACGGAGGGAGAGUAAAAAACAGAGAACUGAUUGACCAUUUCAAAGUAACUGUUUCCCUUGACCCUACGACAAAAACGACGUUCAAGGAGGCAUUAAAACGUUUUGUGGAUAAUGUCGCUUUUGUCAAGCAGGAAAAUGGAGAAAAAUUCGUCUGCUUGAAGAAAAAAUACAGAGAGGGGGGGAUGCAAACAGUCGUGAGAGAUGAUGGAGAAUGCAAUGGAAAUGGUCUCCCUGCUGAUGUGAUUUGUCCAUCCGAGCGGAAUGAAAGCAGUCACAUCAAUGGUGCUACACAUGACCUGGACAACGGUAAUGAACCCUCGCCAUUGGGAACACUCUCUGAAAAUUGUGUACAGAAUAGAACGUCGAAUUUAAAUAUGACUUUAGGUCUGUCCUCUAUGGAAAACGAGGGUCGUUUUAGCUCGACUGUCAACGACGUUGCAGAGAAAAAAGUAUCUGAUGUUCAUUUCGAAACAAGGGAUAAAGUGUCCGGUGCAGAAGAUGAAAAAACAGAGGACAUUUCACAUAUCGCUUUGAAUGAAGGUAAACGUUUAAUUACGCACGACUCCACAACAUCAGAAAAUGUGAAAUUAGAUAUGACUGUAAAUGUUAGACCUGUAUCUGAACUAACUGUCACUGAAUUGGAAGAUGGAACAACUGAGGAGACAGCUGCCAUUCGUCAAGUUCAGUCAUCUCCCAACCCCGACACCGCUAACGAAAUUGAUACUGAAUCAGCUGUUAUCAAAGGUCCGUCAAUUUCUGUAGUUAAUCGCCGUCGGACCUCAAGAGGCUCUCAACGAAGUUUGCUUGCGCUUUCAGAAGACGGGAUGAAUGAGGCUGUGUUUGAUUUGGUGAAUAGUGGUGAUAGUAACACCCCAAAAAGCAGCAGAAAGAACUUUAUUGAACUAAUGAUGAGCAGCUCACCCCAAGUCCGCCGCACCCUUGUCCACAGAAACUCACAAAGUAACAUUGCGGUAAGGAAUAGGGAGUCAAUAAGAAGCGAGGGAGACACAGCCUCCCUGCUUUCCUCAGCAGAUGAGGACUGCACAGCAGUGAUGCUGGACCCUCUGGAACAUGAGUGGAUGAUGUGUGCAUCUGAUGGACAGUGGGAAAGCCUUCAACAGCUCCUGGUCUGUGAUCCAAAUCUGGUUACAAAGAGAGACUUUGUGACAGGAUUCACUUGUCUGCACUGGGCAGCAAAGCAAGGCAAUCAAGAGCUCCUUGCCAAGCUGGUCAGUUUCGCAAAAGAGCAUGACAUUCCAGUCAAUAUUAAUGCACGCUCCAGUGCCGGGUACACUCCUCUGCACCUUGCAGCCAUGCACAGUCAUGUUGAAGCAAUGAAAUUGCUUGUGGGUGCCUUUGAUGCUGAUGUCGAGGUGAGAGAUUACAGUGGCAAAAAAGCCUCACAGUACCUCAGCAGUAGUGUGGCAGGGGACAUCAAAGACAUUAUCGGGGCGUCUAGUGACUCAGAUGUAGAGAAUGCAGAGAGUGGCGCCGGACGAUGGAGGUUGCCUAAAGUUCUGCCAUCCAACUUGAACCCACUCAGGCUGCUUAAUCACCCUGAUGAUGCACAGGGUGAGAAUGCGGCCGCAGUGAAGCCCAGAUCUCUCUAUAGAAAAGCCUCCAUAGGCAGGAUCAAGCUGAACAGAAGCCGCUUCAAGACCCAGAUUGUUCAUAGCACAUCAUUCAGAGAAACGGAUGAAGGAGAGGGGUCCCUGAAGAGUCCAGUGAAAACCAGACCUGUGUCAAACCUCUUUGGAUGAACUGAUAGACCCCAGCCUUGCGGUUACAAUGCCUUAACAUGAAGUUGAUGGCAUGCGCUCAAUUAUUGAUCACCUGAUGGAUUAGAUUAGUGAAAAUCCCACUCAUUUUAACCUACUAGUAUACUGUAUGUCACAAUGUUGUAUUUUUCCCAAAUGAAUCCCUUUGGUCUGCUAAUGCACAGGAGUAUUUAUCCAAAUUGAUCCAAACCUAGUAAAUGUGUGAUCAAUGCCUUGUGAUGCAUUUUAAGAAACAGUUGAGGAGUAAAAGGCUGCACUUGCCACUUUUUUAUUAACUUGUGAAUGAGCCAAGUAAUUCAUAUUAAUGUUAUGUGAAGACAUUCAUCCCAUUUGAUAAUCACUCACAUGAAGUAGGUUCAGUCUCUCAGCCACUAUGCAGUAUCCACCCAGAAUUUUGCACUACUUUUGUGUGGUUUUGUACAACUGUAAAUACAGUUUUCAUGUGGGCAUGCACUGUAUGCACGAGUCUAAACGUUCAUCCUGGAGUGCAUUUAAAGCUGUUUGGAACCCCUUGCAUUUAACUCAAAUUUCCCUGCAUAUUGUGUCGAGCUUAAAGCAGAAAUGCAUCUGGUUGACAGCCGUUUGUCUCGAGAGAUGAUGGGGUCUCUGCACUUAGAUCAGUGUUUUGAUGAGUUGCAGCGCCUGGUGUGGCUGAGUCCGACCCUUAAUUGGCAGGCUCUGUUACAGCUGCUUCAGGUGAAGACAGCUGCCGGUUCAGUGGGUGCCGAGUUGGUCCUCUGCUGUCUGCGUUUUCUCCUCUCUUCCCACUGCUCCUCUCUCCGUCUUUCCCAACAUUCAGUUUGUAAAAUGCUCUGCUGUUGCAAAGUUGUACUGGACUGACACAAGCCAGUUUGGUAAAAACCUCAUUCAUGCUGAUUUAUGCUGCUACUUCUUGUCUGUAAAAGUCAAAUGUCUUUUCCUAAGGAUUCUAACCAAGCAAUAUAGUCUUUAUGAUAAUCCUUUAUUUGUGGUGGUUUGUACAUGGCCAGUUUUAUAUUAACCUUCAGUUGUUGUGUCUGUUGGUGGAAACUGGUGAUAGACCUCACCUGAUCUGUGCGACAAAUGAAGCCAUUUUGCCUGACCUCA